UCCAGACCCCGCCUCCGCGCCGCCUAAAUGACAAUGUCCCCAGACCGCCUCACUUCCAGACAUGGCAGCAUUGAGGCAGGAGCAUCGCUAUGGGCUCUCCUGCGGAAAAAAUCACAAAAACGCCCCGAACAGGACGCUUUACCACGUCAAGCUGACGGACACUGCCAUCCGAGCGCUCGAAGCCUACCAGAACCGGAAGGGCUCCUUCUCCAAUCAACCAGCUAUUUGUUUUAAGGAGAACCAAGGGUACAUCAAGAUCCCUGCCCUGUCCCCUGAUUCCCAGGAAGCACUGCGCGUUUUCUCCUUCUCUCUGUCCAGCGACAGCAAAGACAAGCCCCAGGCGAGCUUGGACUGCAUCCAGCAGUAUGUAUCCAGCGACGGCCGAGAAGAGCUGGAGUGCCAGGGCAGCAUGCAGGACAAGAUCACAGUGUGCGCCACCGACGACUCCUACAAGGUGACACGGGAGCGCAUGUCACAGGUGGAGAAGGACAUCCUGGGCCGGUCGGCCAUCGAGAUCAAGCCAGGGCCUCCUUAUCAAGGCAAAUGUGUAAAGGUUCAGAAGAAGGCAGGCCAGGCUCCAGGCCCGGACGGCCUCAGCAAGCACUCCCCCACCUAUAAGAGGAGCUGCCCCGCUGGAAGCGCGGGCGUGACGGUACACAGGCCCCUGCGGGAGCGCCUCAUACACCUGCUCGCCUUGAAGCCUUACAGGAAGCCGGACCUGCUUCUGUGGCUGGAGCGGGAGAGGGCCAGCCCCAGGGAGAAGGCCGAGCUGACCCCCCUUCUGGAGGAGGUCGCUAAGCAGAAUCCCAGGGAUCAGAGUUUCACGCUGAAGGAUGACAUAUACCCGCUUGUUCAGAGGGACUGGCCCGGCUACCAAGAGGAAGAGAGGCGGUUUGUUUACAAGCUGCUGGCAAGGAAAUUGCAGCCAGCAGUCAGCAGCAGCCAGUCAAAGAGCUUUCAGUCAAAUGCUCCAUUCCCAAGAAGCUUAGGAGAAUCUCCUUCUCAUCUCAGUCCUGUCAAGAGUCCAGCCGUGAAACGCCCAGUGCCGUCCAACUCGCUGGAGAACCAGGCUCACAAGAAGUCCAGAGUCCUGGAGCAGAGUUUCCGUCUUCGGCAUCUGUCCGGCGACCCACAGGCCGCUGGGGGCCACAGAGGCCCCGCCCACUCCAGCAGCCCCCCGCCCGGCCAAGCCGAGCCUCGUCCAGAGAGCCUUGGGAUCGAGCCGGGGGGACAUAACCCUUCUGGCAGCUCCCAGCAGCACAAGAGGAGGAAAUCCAGGAAGCAGAAAGAGAAGGAGCGAGAGAAAGAGGAAUGGAGGAAGGGCGGUGAGGAACACAAGCAGCAUGCAUCGGUGGAAGACCACGAGAGUGUGAACACACCUGCAAGCCCCACCGCGACAGAGGAGCUACCUGAUUACUUAUUGAAAUACCACACCAUUACUGGCCUAGAACAGCGUCAGAAGUACAAGGAUGACUUCUGCGCAGAGUAUGAUGAGUACAGGAACCUCCACUCCAGGAUCGGAAGUGUGAUCGAGAUGUUCGUUCGUCUAGGUUCGAAAAUAAAAACGCUAUCUCCCGGAACACAAGAGUAUAAGGUUAUGGAGGAGCAAAUACUGGAGAAGUAUCAGAAGUACAGAAAGAAAUGCCCGGGGUAUCGGGAGGAGAAGAAACGCUGUGAGUAUCUGCAUCAGAAACUGGCACACAUCAAAGGGCUCAUCUUGGACUACGACCGAGCCCAGAUGCCUCCGCAGCUCCGGUCUCCCUGAAUCACUCUCAGACGCAUCAAAGACCUGCUGUGAGACCACAGCCCUCAUGACGCCCCCCUGUGGCGCAAGGACCAAACAUCACUGCAGGGAAGCUGUCUCGCCCUCAUCCUCCGGAGACUCCAUACACACCUAACUGGCCCUGCUUCAGAGCCAUGUGUCCAGGGUUGCUGAAGCAGCAACUUCCAGAAUCGGUCCGGAUGGAUAUGGACUCACUCUGAAUGGGCUUUAUAUUUCUCAUUUUCAACAUUCACAGUGAUGAAAUUAUCAUGUUGGAUUCUAUCGUGCAGAAAUUUCAUAGAAUAAAGGUUUCAGUGAAGCCAAAGAGUCAUCAGAGCAGUCCAUGGUUGAGCAGAAGGAGAAGGCAGAGAGCAUCUACUGUCUGUCUGUAUUCUGGUGGCUUCCCAAGGACUCAAAGUACAAAUAUGAGGAGAGAGUAAACAGAUUACUUUACUGUUAUUCUGAUUACUACAGCUGCGGCUGGAAAUCAUUCCUCACUUUGAAUAAUCCAAACCAGUGUUUCUCAAUCUGGUGCUUGGGGACCCUCCCCCCGAGCUCCCUGCCUCCCUAUCUGGGAGGGAGCAAAAACAUGGACUGUCUAUGGGUCCCCAAGCACCAGACUGCGAAACGCUGAAACAAACCUUUAAACUAGUGUUGGCCAAUCAUGUUCUGUAAUUAUUACUUGACUGACCAAUCAGAGUCCGUGUUUGGAUAGAAACAAAGUUGAUUCAUUGCAGGUAAAGGAGGAGCUGCUGAGUGGAAAGUGGCCUGAUCAAUAAAUAAUAUAAACCCAUGCCAUGGUGCAGUUUGGUACCAAAAUAAUGACAUUGGUGUUUGAGAUGCAAAGAAGGGCUCUUCUAGGGUGUGGCUUCCUAAGAAGGAGGAUGCUUAUGACCUUCCUCCACAUAUCCAGUGGACUGGGUACUAUCCUUUGUGCGGGACGAUGGCCUGGAUCAGAGGAAAUAUAGCUUUAAUUAUAGCUUAGCCAUUGCUUGAUUUUAAGCAGAAUGAAUGAAACUACGGAAGCAUCUGCCAUUCUUUGUUGCUGCUGGAUUUCCUGUGUUUAAAUGCUGUCUUUUGUAUCUUAUGCACCAUAGUUGGUGCUCCUUCAGGUCCUUGAUUAUGUUUCAAUGUGUACCUGUAUGAUUCUCAGCUGUCGGUGAGAAUUAAAGAACAAAUGCUCUACAGGUGUGUAGAAUCUGGUACCCUGGUGCAUUGGACUCACCUGGUGCUGUUUGUCCAAAGCUAGCAAGAGUUCACAUGUAUUAUAAAUGGAGCCCUGAAGCUUUUAGUGGGUUACACACUCGCAGUGUGUAUGUCCCAUGUUACAUUUGGAAUAUAAGGCCAAUGUGAAGUUAAAAAUGUCCCUUCUUGUUCAGAAAGUUGCUCUUUGUGAUGGAGGCUGCUCUGCUUGCCAGUAUCAAGUAUUGUUGCUAAUAAUUCAUUUUUUCUACUUUCAGUCUUUGCUCAUUUGAAGAAUCUCAAACUACUGAUUAAUUCAUUGCAGUUUUUAUUUUUGUUUCCCAUUUUCCUGUGUAGCUUUGAGGCCAGAGCAUCUGAUUUUAUGUCUCUCCAUCUUUGUAUCAUACCAUUCUCAUCUCUCUCCCUCCAUCUCCAUCCUCCAGUCGCUGUCCCUUAUGCCUCUGCUUGCUACCAUCUGCAUUUUGUUUUCUUGUGGAGGAAGAUUGUAUCACCACAGCGAUUGUAACACCAUACUCCAUGCUAAUGUUAGAAGUGUUUUAGGUUGUGGUUUCCAUACUUGGACCACAUUUCCAAAUAUUCCGUAUAAGUGAAGGUAAAGCGCCUCCUAGUGGCUUAGUUGUGCCUAGCGCUUUGUCAGACUGGCACAGAAGAUGUGUAGCUCUUCACACUAAUUGGACUCAAGCUCACUAGAUGGAGAGAUAAUAUUUGAAAUGAAAAUUGUAAUAAAAAUUGCCAAAGUGGAAUAGUAAGUAUUCUCAUAGUGUUGAGUGCUGAGUCUUUCACUGCAUGUGCUACUUUAUAAAAUGGUUGAUAUGCCUUUAAGAAGUGACGCCACGUAAACACACCUUAUUGUCCUGUACAGUGCCAUCUGCUGGCUGCUCUUUAGCCUUAAGCUUUACUGUGCUUUUCUUAAAUGCAACUUCCCGCUCAAUCAGCACAAGUAUUUGUUUAAUAUAUUCCUUUUAUUUUUCUUUUAAUUUAUUUUUACAGAGAAAAUGUGUAGCCUUUGUGUACGUGCAGCACACUGUGUGGUCUUUGUUACACAGCCUAAUGAUUUUUAGAUGGUAUGUAUUGUUUGAUAUUUAAUAAGUUAUUGUUGUUGUUAUAUAUUUUUGUUUCAAGGAAUCCCUGAAUUCAAAUGCAUUUUAUCCUUGCUACUUCCAUACUCGGUCUUUGUGGUUGCAAUGGAAGGUCUUGCACCCCAUAAUCAGCAUGUCUGCCAGCUACUUUCCACAUCUCUGGAAUGUUAGGGGCUUCAGGAACCUUAGUGUGAAGUUGUGAACUGUCCCCUGUAAUUGCUCUUUUUACGCUGAUCCUGUGCUUUUCAUCUCAUGCAAGGAAGAUGGAUGGAUUAAGGUAAAUGUGGUAUAUUACUGUGUUUUUCUGGGACAGCCUGAAAACAAUCUGUUUAUGGUACUGCAGGGACGUGUAUGUUUUGUUGCAUUUCUUUGUUUGUUUUUCUGUGAAUUCCCCUUUAUCAUUUAGUACAUUUCCUUUUGUUUGUGAAAGUUCAGUUUUGUUUUUUGUGUUUUACAUUGAAAAUGAUUAAUUUGGUUGCCCUGAAUUCGUGCAACAGAUUUUCUCAAAUUCAAAUCAUCAGAAUGAACUAAUGAAGUUAGGAAUUUAAUUACAUCAGUCAGUACACAGUUGCACUGAGGGCUAAAAUCAAUCAGACUCUGAUCCUUGUCACCUGAACUGAGAUCUGGCCUUCGAUAUGUGAAAGCUUAUUAGUUCUGCUGAUGGAAAUGAGAAUAUCUGUUGUCCAGUAAACAGCUGAAAUGUUUAGUGCUUGUGUAACACUGGAUGAGAAGUACAGUUAGACUCAAGUGAGGUGAUUUGGUAUUUUAAAGCCACAAAUUUGUAAUGGAGGCUUUCAAGGCUUGUCUCCCAGGACAAGAGCCUAACAUUUACAGGGUCCUCAAUGCUGCUGCUUAAAAUGCAUGCUACAGUUUAUGUGAGACAGGUGUUAGGGUCCAGUGGUCCAGUAGGUGCCUUCUCUGAGAGACUGGGGUUACACUGGGUUAAGCCAAACAGAAACAUUGAAUAUACAGAACACAUGUCUAACGAAAUGUGUUUUCUCUCAAUUGCAUUUUACAAAUGCACAAUGCCUUGUAUGACUUUGUGGCUUUUCAGGAACAGAGUUCUUGUGAUAUUGCUGUAUCACCAGGUGUAUUUGUAAUGUGUUUCUACUUUUCUGAUGCAAAAGUAACUGUUAAUGAGCUGAAAAGCGAUAUCAUUUUCUGGGACGAUUUCCCCUUUGCAUCUCUUUGCUGUAUUUAGUGUAUCUGUUCAUUUUAUUUGUUGUCUUUUGAUAUAUGGGGGAAAAAAAACUUGUCUUGUGUGAGAAUGCUUUUUGUUGAAUUAUAAGAAAAUAUUUGUUUGUA